AUGGGUUCUCGACGCCCUUUGGACGAAGAAUAUAUCGACAUUGAUGAUACCCUCAAUCAAGACGACGAGGCCGGCAACGGAGGCUACGCUUGGGAAGAAGAGUACAAACGAAGUUGGGAUGUUUUACAAGAAGACGAAGAAGGGCGAUUAAGUAGUGUCGUCGCGCAAUUACAGCAACAACGAAAACGACGGAGGUUAUUGAAAGACACAGCCGUGAUUCAACGUGGCAUUAUUCGACACUUGUUCCUGAUACUCGAUCUUUCGGAAGCCAUGAACGAAAAAGAUUUACGGCCGAAUCGGAUCGAUCUCACCGUAAGCUACGCCAAACAAUUCGUCAUUGAAUAUUUUGAUCAAAAUCCCAUCUCCCAGCUGGGCAUUAUUGUCACACGCGACGGCAUUGCGGAAAAGCUAACAGAACUGAGCGGCAACCCAACCGACCAUGUUACCGCUUUGGAAACAAGAAAUAAUAUUGAAACGAGCGGCGAGCCGUCCUUACAGAAUGCACUGCAGUUGGCUCGAUCAAGUAUGGUGGGUGUACCCAGCCACGGUUCCAAAGAGAUACUGCUGGUCUUUGGCGCCCUCACAACGUGUGAUCCAUCGGAUAUCCAUGAUACUGUGAAUUUGCUUCAAAAGGAAAAUGUGCGUGUAAAUAUUGUCGGGUUGGCAGCAGAAGUACAGAUCUGUCGAGAAUUGUGCACAAAAACAAAAGGAACGUAUGGAGUUGUUUUAAACGAAGCACAUUACAAGGAUCUCUUGUUUGACGCAAUACCGCCACCGGCGAUCGCACCUACCAAAAACAGAUCAAAUCUUGUAAUGAUGGGCUUCCCUCGUCGGCAGAGGGAAAAUCAGGCGACGUUCUGUGUAUGCCAUUCAAAGCUGACGACAGCCGGUUACAUUUGUCCGCGAUGCAAGUCGAAAGUAUGCGAACUGCCAAGCGACUGCGAUGUUUGUGGACUGACACUAGUCUCGUCACCGCACUUAGCAAGAUCGUACCAUCACUUAUUCCCCGUAGAAAACUUUGACGAAGUCAGGGCCAGCAAUUUACAGUCCUUGCAUUGCUUCUCCUGUCUAGUUCCGUUCGAUAAAGCAGAUACCGGCACCACCGCAACCACAUCAGCAGCCAGUUCGGGUCAGUAUGCGUGUCCAAAGUGCAAGCAGGAAUUCUGUAUGGAUUGUGAUAUAUUCGUCCAUGAAGUGCUUCAUAAUUGUCCUGGCUGUUGGAGCACUGCAAGCAGCAAUAACAACGUCAAGGCCCAAAAUAAGAGCCUUGCAUGA